CAUCCCAUUUCCACCCCAGCCCCAUUGAUCCCAUCCCCACCCCAUCCCAAACAUCCCCAUUGCAUCCCCAGGGCCGUGCUGACGUCCCCGUCUCUCCUCAGGCCGGCCCCCGCCGCUCUGCCAUGCGGCCCUGAUGGAGCCCAACACCUUCCCCCACCUCCAGCUCUGGUGUCCCCGUCCUUUUGGCACCUACACCCAGAACAAACCAUGCCCCGUCCCCGUCCCCACCCGGAAGCCGUGCCGCCCCCCCGAGGACCCCCCCAACACCCGAGGACCCUCGGAGAACACCCCCCCGCCUCUCCCCGCCGCACCGGCAGAGGAAGGCCGCGUGUUGCUGGACACGUGGUACGUCAUCAAACCUGGCAACACCAAAGAGAAAGUGGCAUUUUUUGUGGCCCACCAAUGCGGCGGCGCCGGCGGUCGAGCCAACACCAUGAAGGUGAAGGGCAACUGGGGCAGCGAGAGCUCCAAAGCCAAACGGCGCCGGCGUUGCCACCAGCCCGGUAAGACCCCCCAUCACGAGGGGGAUGGCGAAGCCCCGGACCCUCUUUCUGUGGCCGAAAUGGUGGCGUUGGUGGAACAGCGGGCGGCGUUGGCCGUGCAGAGUUUGAUGGAGGUGAACGGCGAUGCCAAAGGGGCGCCGGCACCGCCGGGCACCGACUGCAGCCGCGUGGCCGAGGCCGUGGCGCACUUUGAGUCACGGCAACGCGCCGGCGGGCGGCACAACGGGCUGUGUCACCCCAGCGGUGACUGUGCCAGC